CACACAGCUACCGGAAAGAUGGCGACCGCCGGGCUAGAGAGGAAAGUAAAGGAUAAUUUCCUGACGUGCUCCAUCUGCUUGGAGAUGUACACAGACCCGUGUACACUGAGGUGUGAUCACACAUUCUGCAGGAAAUGUGUCACCUCAUACAUCCAAACCAGACCAGAUGCUGUACAGUCCAAGACCAUCCCCUGUCCCAACUGUCGACAAGACACCAAGGUCCCCCACCCCAGCAGGCCGGUGGAGGAGUGGGCGGGGCAGAUCAAACCCAGCAUUGUGAUACAGGGGCUGAUUGACACCUAUAGAUCCGAGGUCGCUGUGCAAGAGACCUCAAGCACCUGUUGUACGAUCUGUCAGCAGCUAGGGGAGACAACUCUAGGGGUCUUGUGGUGUCCUGAGUGUGAAGUGGCCCUCUGUGACAAAUGUGUGAAGACACACCGGGUGACCCCUACUUUAUUGAAACAUGACCUAUGUGACCUGUCAUCUAGGUCAAAGGUCAAACGGAGGAUCAUGUGUACGGAACACAAGAGUAACCGUGUUGAGUUCCACUGUCAAGACUGUGGGAAGGCUGCCUGUCAGACAUGUUGUAUCAUCUACCACAGAGCUUGUAAAACUGUCGUCACCAUUGAGUCAAUGAAGCCAAGGAUGAAAGCAGCACUGAUGGAGAAGAGACUUGGCAUGGAGAAGAGACUGAAAGUGAGGUCGAAGAAAGUAGACAUACGAAACGAGAAACUCGAAAGUAAUUCUAGAAUCACGAAGUCAGCUGUUCAAAAUAUUAGGUUGAUCUGCCAGACAGCGAUUAACAAGAUUAAACAGAAAGAAACACAACUCUUGGAUGAACUAAAUAACACAUCACAGACAUACGUCGGCCAACUCCGAGCUGAUGUGAAGCUGGAAGAGAUCGAGAUGCAGAUGUACAGACAACAUUGUGAGUUCAUUCACCAGGCCUUGGUAUCGGACUGUGAGAUGGACCUAUAUGACGCGUAUCAGGUCUGGGAGACUGGAGCUGUAGAGAUGGAGGAUGUCAGGGAUACAGAGGCAGCAGAAACCCGGAGAAUAGAUGAUGUCAUCUUUACACCAGACACUGACAACGUCCUGAAGGCCCUAGAUAACCUGCAGUUUGGGAAGAUUGACGUCACAUACCAGGAUCAGGAGUAAUGUGUGCCAUCUUUAGUGCUGGUUGACACGAUAGAUAGGAGGAUGGCGGAUGAUGAUGUGGUGAGCUCUCCCUUUGGUUGCCUGACAGUCCUGGCUGUAGGUGAUAUACAGACAUGUGUUGUCACUGACUGUUUGAACAACUGCCUGAAAUCUUUGUACACUAGAGACAAUCAUCCAUGCCAUAGUAAACUUCCCCUGGAUAACUCUCCACGUGGGAUAACACAGUUGAAGCAGAAGCAGGUGAUGGUUGCUGUCCCUGAAUCCCGCCAGAUUGUAACAGUAGAAGUGACCCCUGACUUGGUGCUGCUCUCAACCAUCCUAACUAGCAAUAGUUACUACAGUCUGGCUGUUCUGAACCUUUCAUCUCUGGCAGCAGGUGGCGAGGAUUGUCAUGGUUACGGCAUUGUUGAAAUCCUGGACAUUUCUGGACACGUGUUGAGUUCAAUCAGUAAAUACAAUGAUGUCUCACUGUUUGCCUACCCCUGGCACAUCUGUGUCAACAACAAGGGCAACAUACUCGUGUCUGACUGGGAAUGUGAGUCUGUGACAUGUCUGACACAAGAGGGAGAUGUUGUGUGGAGACACGCCCCAGUGACAGUGCCAUUGGUUGCGCCUCUGGUAUCACAACUACCAGCACAGGAGACGUCCUGCUUGUAGACAGCCGCAAUGACAAGGUGAUACAGCUGACAGAGUCGGGGGAGUUUGUCAGUGAACUGCUCACGUUAGAAGAUAGCGAUGAAGCACGCAUGUGCGAUAUAUUCUGUGAUAAAUACGGUUUCUUUUUUCUAUGCACAAAAUCAGCAGUGAAAGAGUACAUGUUUGUCUGACAUAAAACAAAAGAAUGAAAGUCAGUGCAAAGCUGUGGUUUCAGCGUUUGUCAUUUUACUGCUCGUGAUCUACUGUACGUGGGGUUAGUCUUGAAAUGUUUGUGUCUUCACCAAAACGUAUGGGCAUAGCUUUGUCAGUGAAUUGCAGACAUGCAUUAUUAUAUUAGGUCAUUUCCAGCAUGAAGGGUAAUAGUCCACAAGGUGAAAGAUCACCAGCUGUUGUGGAGAUUCCUUGGAUGACCUGAGCUACACAACCACUACUUCAUCUCAAACGUGUGCUGAACCAGCUGAAGUUCAAAGAAACCCCAUGCAUGGAACCCAGGAGACAUGUAUACAUUGUCUAAUGUAUGGAUGGACUAGGACCACAGGAACUCUGAAACUGUUGGUCAGUUUUCGGAGUUUCUUCCUCAUAGAAUAUUCAGUAUCAAUAUACACGAUCUUCACCCAAACCUGAUGAUAUAGCUUAUAUUGUCUAGUUGAGACAUACCAUAUUCCCUUACAGGUCACUUCAAGCAAUUAAAUGGACGGCAUGAUGACUCGGUGAAACAUAUCAGUGGUGAUAGUGGUUGUACCUACUCUUAGACAGGACAAUAUGAUCUUAACAUAGUAUGAUAAUGCAUACCACUUAUGGUUAAAAGCGAGGCAUGUGGUGAAAAGGAAACCUUACGUCUCUGCUCAUGAUCAUGACUUGCGUGAAACGCUAUCAACAUAGAAAGGUGUAUGGCAUACGAUCCAGUAGUCUGUCUCAGUGUCUGUGAACCACAUUUUGUCCCCCUGUUGCUUAGCCAACCCUGUAAUGCCAAAGCCAUAAAUGCACAAGUCUAGAUUUCCUCAGGUCCAGGAUCUCCCAUCUCAUCAGUGCUCCUUAUCUAGUUAAUGGACCAAAACUAUUUACUUCACUUCAUUCAAUCUUGUGCUAGUUUAUCACGAGUAAACCCAAGUAUGGGGGGAAGAUUGAGGCGUGCAGUGUUAUCAAGUUUUUGCACGUGAAGGGUUGCACUUCUCGACAGAUUCAUGAGGAGAUGAAAUCUGUAUAUUGUGAAGAUCUUAUGAAACUGUUGUGAGAUGGAAAAGGGAUUUUCAAACAGGUCAUAUGUCCCUCACAGAUGAGCCAAGAAGUGGACGACGAUAUCAUUGAGGUCAUGCAAGAGGUGGGGUUGGUUUUCCAUGAAAUCAGGGGUUCUAUACAGGCGUCUGCACAAGGUCAAGAAAUGUUGGGAGAACUCUGGAUUGGGCCUAUGUAUAUAGAAGUCUUAAGGACAAGAAAUCAAGAUAAAGUUUUUACCCUGAAUACGUCUUGGUGAUAAUUAGAAUUUUUUUUUAUACCCUCUCGUAACUCAAGCAUGUGCUAUGUGGAUUAAUUGAGCACUGUUCAAGGAUUCAUGACAUAUAGGCUAUAGUUUUCAUUUGAAAACAGACAUUAGACAGUGGGAUAGUUACAAUCCAUUAGUGGGUUGUUUCGGGGAUAAAGAUUAAAUUUACACUUCAGAGUUGGCUAGUUUAUUUUACCCGGCGUUAAACCGAGGCAAUAUUUUCUUUCUCAAUAUUCGUUCACUUGUCUUCUGUCAAUGUCGAUGUAGAUGGGAAUCGCCUACAGAGCGUAAGGUAUACACGUCAUUAAAUUCCUCCAAGAGCCUUUUGAUUUAUGUGAUUCUUUAACAAUAGUUUGACUUCAUUUUGGGCGCAUAACAGAUGAGCUGCUUUGGAUUAUUUGCGUUUUCAAGGCAAUAUGUCGUCGACUUUCGUCAAAACGUGGAAACGUUUUUAUUUCUUGAGCAUGACAUAAAUUGUCUAAUAUUUAUUCUGAAACUGAACAAAAGAAACAAGAAAAACAUAUCCAUAAUAUUCUAUUUGGCUUUGUUAAAAAAGAAGGCAUUUGUGCUUUUUGUGUAACGGCACCAGGACAAUAAUAAGCUGACAAUCCAAGCUGAGUUCAAGUUGUGAUAAUUAUUCGUUUUCGAUGAUAGUUUCUGACUAAGGUUAGGUCGUUUUUCAGCCUGAUUAGCAAUGUGGCCCUUGACGUCUAGCGAGACUAGGCAAAACGGUUACAUUCAUGAUCCGGAUAAGGCGAUGGAAAUUUGCUUGAACUUUCAUUGUUCAAGCACGGGCUGUGAUCGUGUUGCACGUGCAUUACAACUUUAACUGGGUAAAAAGUAUUUUCAUAUGGCAAAAAGUAAUGAUAUACGGAUUUCUAUGAAAUACAGCAGGAGUUUCAGCUCCAUCGCGUUUGUUGCAUUUCAACUUUAUGUUUGACAUUAUCAGAUUAUGUAGGAACAGAACAGUUGCAUACAUGAAUGCUGAAACAGAUAGUUUAGACAGCACAUCCCGGGAGGUGAUAUCAUGAACUCAAUUUCUAUUUGAAAACGAGGAAUCAUUUAUGAGCAUCAUCAAAGACUGUUCACUAAUGUUGGGGGAAUAUUUCUUCACUUUUUCGGUAUUUCUUUAAGUGACCCAAAACAAAUGCAAAACACUACAACUAAAACAUACUGGAGAAUGGUGGAGAAUUUACAAGCGCAAUGUAUGACAUUGAAUAAGCUCUUCGUGGACUGAUUUAUGUCGGACACAACAGAUAUUAACAACAUGAAACAGUCGGCAAGAAAAGACCAUGGAAAGAAAUGAUCCCAAUUUUAUAACUAGAAAUCAUUGCACUCUUUGCAUGAAAUUUGGAAUGGCAUAGAAAACCAUGAAAUAGUCUGAUAUACUGGUUACCUUGAAAGAUUGCCAAUAAAGUUCAGUGGAUUCGACCGUCAUGUACA